AGAAAGAACACCAGUUUUGGAGUCAGUUCAGACUUGUGUCAGCUGCAUAGCUGAAAUCUUGGGCAGCUCUCUCAGUCUGGCAUGGCAGAAAACCCAGUGUGUACGCCCACACAAAUACCCGAUGAGGAAGAUACACAAAAAGAAGAUAACAUCCGUUGCUUAACUAUGUUUGGUCAUUUUGGUUUUGAAUGUUUGCCUCAUCAGUUAGUGAACAGAUCUAUUCAACAAGGAUUCUCUUUUAAUCUUCUCUGUGUGGGGGAAACUGGAAUUGGAAAGUCAACACUGAUCAACACAUUGUUUAACACUAAUUUGAAAGACAAAAAAUCCUCGCAUUUUUAUCCAAAUGUUGAACUUAAAAUUCAGACAUAUGACCUUCAGGAAAGCAAUGUUCAGUUGAAAUUAACUGUUGUGAAAACAGUGGGAUAUGGUGAUCAAAUAAACAAAGAAGCAAGUUACCAACCAAUAGUUGACUACAUAGAUGCUCAAUUUGAAGCCUAUCUUCAAGAAGAAUUGAAAAUUAAACGUUCCUUUGUUGACUACCAUGAUUCUCGUAUCCAUGUGUGCCUUUACUUCAUUUCACCUACAGGACAUUCUCUGAAGUCCCUUGAUCUAUCAACAAUGAAGAGCAUUGGUAGUAAGGUGAACAUUAUACCACUGAUUGCCAAAGCUGAUACAAUUUCUAAAAAUGAUUUACAGAAAUUUAAGUGUAAGAUAAUGAGUGAAUUGGUUAGUAAUGACAUCCAGAUAUAUCAGUUCCCAACAUAUGAUGAAACUACUGCUCAAGUGAACACCUCAAUGAAGGGACACUUACCUUUUGCUGUAGCAGGGAGUACGGAUGAGGUCAAAGUUGGAAAAAGGAUGGUCAGAGGCCGUCAGUACCCUUGGGGAGUUAUACAAGUGGAAAAUGAAAAUCACUGUGAUUUUGUUAAGCUCCGGGACAUGCUUCUUUGUACAAAUAUGGAAGACCUAAAAGAACAAACUCACACCCUGCAUUAUGAACGUUAUAGGUGCUGUAAACUGCAGAGAAUUGGCUUCACUGAUGUAGGCCCAGACAACCAGCCAGUUAGUUUUCAAGAGAUCUAUGAAGUCAAAAGACAGGAGUUCUAUGAUCAAUGCCAGAGGGAAGAAGAAGUGUUGAAACAAAAGUUUAUGCAGCGAGUAAAGGAGAAAGAAAUAACAUUUAAAGAAACUGAAAAAGAGUUACAAGACAAGUUUGAGCAACUUAAAAGAGUCCAACAAGAGGAGACAAUAAAACUUGAGGAGGAAAAACGACAAUUGGAAGAAGAAAUUAUAAAUUUUUAUAAAAUGAAGUCUGGCUCUGAAACGUUCCAGACUCAGGGUUGCACCAGUAUAAAAAAGGACAAAGAACGUAAGAAAUAG